AUGUGUCACCUGAAGCUACCCGUGUUCCUUCUCGUGCCUCUCGUGCUGCUGCGCUGUGUCGCCACCGCCCCUAGCAACAGGUACUUCACCUCAUCUAGUGAGCAGGAAAGCGCGCUCCCGGACAGAGAAGGCUGGCUCGUGCCCGGGAUCGUCUCCAACCCCUUCAUCGGCCUCAUUUCCGCACGACUAGAGAGAGGGCUCACAUCUGCCAACAGCCACCACAUAGAGAAAAGGAAGUGCAACACAGCUACCUGUGUGACCCAGCGACUGGCCGACUUCCUGACCCGCUCCAGCAACACCAUCGGCACGGUGUACGCCCCCACCAACGUAGGAUCCAGCACCUACGGGAAACGGGACCUGCUGCAGCCUCCCGGCUCUCUGCCUCUCUAG